UUAAUUAAUCAUAUUUAAAGAUAAAUUUCUUAAACAGUGAGAGUUUAAGAUUUGUUUCACUUUCGAAUUCUUUGUCACGAACAAGGAAAUUAUCGUUGACGGUGUUGUCGGUCGGUUUCCUUGUUCUGGACAAUUUAACUCCGUAUAAAUUCUAUAGCCAGAUUGACUUGACCUCUUCUAAUACAUAAUGGCUCUGUUGGAUGUAAGUGGGUUUAAAUAUUAUUCUGAAAUCCGGGAGCAGAUUCUUCCACGCAGACGGACGCAGCUCGUCGACAGAACCAACCACUACAACUUCGGCACCAGAACUCAGGAGUUCGCGUUACCCGUCGGUGUGGACCCCUCCGGGUUCGUCCAGUCCUGCAGUGAUGGAGGAGUCCGCAUAGAGAUGAACCACGGCACCACCACGCUGGCCUUCAAGUUCAGACACGGAGUCAUCGUGGCCGUGGACUCCAGAGCUUCAGCUGGACGAUACCUGGCAUCAAACGACGUAAACAAGGUGAUAGAGAUCAACCCGUACCUUUUGGGCACCAUGUCAGGCAGCGCUGCAGACUGUCAGUACUGGGAGAGACUUCUGGCUAAAGAAUGCAGGCUGUACAGGCUGAGGAACAAUGAGAGGAUCUCUGUGGCCGCUGCCUCCAAGCUGCUGUGUAACAUGAUGCUGGGCUACAGAGGGAUGGGCCUGUCUGUGGGAAGCAUGAUCUGUGGAUGGGACAAGCAGGGUCCAGGUCUUUACUAUGUGGAUGACAAUGGCUCACGCAUGUCUGGCCGCAUGUUCUCCACCGGCUGUGGGAACAGCUACGCCUACGGUGUGAUUGACAGCGGCUACAGAGAAGACAUGACGGUGGAGGAGGCGUACGAGCUGGGGCGACGCGGCAUCGCCCACGCUACGCACAGAGACGCCUACUCUGGAGGGGUGGUCAACAUGUACCACAUGCAGGAGGACGGAUGGAUCAAGGUUUGUAAAGAAGACGUGUCCGAGUUGAUCCAUCGCUACAGGAAGGGGAUGUUCUGAGACGAGCCUUGAACAGAUCAGCCUCAACACUGUUAACAGUCAUCCAAUUAUGAGCAUUUUAAUAAAGAAUAACAAUUUC